UUGCUCCCCUCGCCAGCCCUGGCGGCCCAGGCCACGCCCCCAGCGGCCCAUUCGUUCGCUCGUCCCGCGGGCGUCCCCGCACACCCCUCCGUUGCGCGGGUCCCAGCACGCUGAGGCGCUGCUGCGGAGCGUGGAACCAAGACGUGGCUCCCGGGCGGAGGAGCCAUGUUGGACUUCGCGAUCUUCGCCGUUACCUUCUUGCUGGCGUUGGUGGGAGCCGUGCUCUACCUCUAUCCGGCUUCCAGACAAGCUGCAGGAAUUCCAGGGAUUACUCCAACAGAAGAAAAAGAUGGUAAUCUUCCAGAUAUUGUGAACAGUGGAAGUUUGCACGAGUUCCUGGUUAAUUUGCAUGAGAGAUAUGGGCCUGUGGUCUCUUUCUGGUUUGGCAGGCGCCUUGUGGUUAGUUUGGGCAGUGUUGAUGUGCUAAAGCAGCAUAUCAACCCCAAUAAGACAUCGGACCCUUUUGAAACCAUGCUAAAGUCAUUAUUAAGGUAUCAGUCUGAGAGUGGGAAUGUGAGUGAAAACCUCAUGAGGAAAAAAUUGUAUGAAAAUGGUGUGACUAAUUCUCUGCGGAGUAAUUUUGCUCUCCUGCUAAAGCUUUCGGAAGAAUUAUUGGAUAAGUGGCUCUCCUACCCAGAGUCCCAACAUGUCCCUCUCUGCCAGCAUAUGCUUGGCUUUGCAAUGAAGUCUGUUACGCAGAUGGUAAUGGGUAGUACAUUUGAAGAUGAACAAGAAGUCAUUCGCUUCCAGAAGAAUCACGGCACAGUUUGGUCGGAGAUUGGAAAAGGCUUUCUAGAUGGAUCACUUGAUAAAAGUACAACUCGGAAAAAACAAUAUGAAGAUGCCCUUAUGCAACUGGAAUCUAUUUUAAAGAAAAUCAUAAAAGAACGAAAAGGAAGGAACUUCAGUGAACAUAUUUUCAUUGACUCCUUAGUACAGGGGGACCUUAAUGACCAACAGAUCCUAGAAGACAGUAUGAUAUUUUCUUUGGCCAGUUGCAUAAUAACUGCAAAAUUGUGUACCUGGGCAGUCUGUUUUUUAACCACCUAUGAAGAAGUUCAGAAAAAACUAUAUGAAGAGAUAGACCAAGUUUUUGGGAAGGGACCUGUAACUCCAGAGAACAUUGAGGAGCUCAGGUAUUGUCGGCAAGUACUUUGUGAAACUGUUCGGACUGCCAGACUGACCCCAGUUUCUGCCCGGCUUCAAGAUAUUGAAGGAAAGAUUGACAAAUUUAUCAUUCCUAGGGAGACCCUUGUCCUUUAUGCCCUUGGAGUGGUGCUUCAGGAUCCCAGUACUUGGCCAUCACCAUACAAGUUUGAUCCAGAGCGGUUUGAUGAUGAAUCGGUAAUGAAGACUUUCUCCUUGCUUGGAUUCUCAGGCACACAGGAAUGCCCAGAGCUGAGGUUUGCAUAUAUGGUAACCACAGUACUUUUGAGUGUACUGGUGAGGAGACUGCACCUACUUUCUGUGGAGGGACAAGUUAUUGAAACUAAGUAUGAACUCGUAACAUCAUCCAAGGAGGAAGCUUGGAUCACUGUUUCAAAGAGAUAUUAAAAUUGUAUACACUUAACUUUGUUGAGGGAAAUGACCAUUUAGAAAAUAUGUAUUGAAUCCUUUUAUAAGCCAAGCAUCAUUGUAUAAUAUAAACACCUAUUAGUACUUCAUCAUGUAAAUUUGAAUUUUUGUAUAUCAGAGUUUCUUAGUGCAUUAUAUACUUUUAUACUUAUUGCAUUAUUAUAGUGAUAAUUUUAAUGGGAGGACUUCUGCUUUUAACUUUUGUUUUAUCAGUUUCUAUGUCAUUGUUUUCAUAUUCUUAGCCUUAGUUUGAUCUCUAAAAUUAAUAUUCUUGAAGAGAAAUUAUUUUUCACAAUAAUGUUUUUUAAAUAUUCAUAAAAGAGAAAAAUAACUCAUUUUCACACUUUUAGUAAAUCCUCUUAAAGGGGACUUUACAUAAAAAGGAAAAGAAAAAAAGGACUUUAUAUAAUUUUAUUUAUUGGAUUAAUAUUUUUAUUUUCUGAGUAUAAAUUAGUUUGUGUUUAAUCAUUGUUAUUAGGUUUGAGUAAUUCAGUGAAUAACAUACCUUGUAUUUGCUUGUAUGCCUUCCCAGACAACAGUGUUUAUUUCAUGACUUAUACAUUGCUCAUCAUUUUGAACAGUUCUGAAUCAUUUGGAAAAUAAUACAGUUAGUUCUGAAUGUGUUUUGAAGUAGUGUCCUUCCUAAGUAGCAAACUAAGAGUGAGGCUUGUCUGUCCUUUUUUUGCUGGAAAUUGUAGUAGCACUCUGUUACUCCACUAAUCAUCAUUUGUGUAAAAAAAAAUUCCUGAAUUUAUUUAUUAUUAUGUCAUAUCCUAACCAUAAGAAAUGAGAGAGCAUUAACUAAAAGCUGAAACCAAAUUUAAAAGAAAGAAAACAAAGAUGGGUCGAAAAUAAUUGCAAAAUAUAUGACAGAAAGGGAUAAUAUCCAUAUUACAUAUAAAGAGGUCAAACAAAUUGUUAAGAAAACAUACAGUAGAUAAAUAGACAAAACAGCUUUUAUAAGGGGAAACAGCUAAUAAACUUUUAGAAAAAUGAUCAGUCUAACUAGUAAGCAAAGAAAUAUUGGGGCUUUUUCAAAAAUAAGUAUCUUUCAAAUUUACAUUUUAGUACUGGUAACUUUUAUAUUUAAUGCUUUUUUAUUGACAGCAUUGUAUUUUAGUUUGCUUUCUUUGGUUACACUGUUCUUGAAGAACUCUUUUUUUAAAAUAUGUUUUUUUAAAGAUAAAAGGAGAUAUGAAGGAAGUAUGCCAAGUGCUGAUAGAGAGGAAAGGAAGAAUAGUGAUAAAUGUUUGCAGAUGGGCUUGUUUUUGACACUGCUGAAUUUCUCUUGUAAUUUUAGUUUCAAGAAUGUACUCUAGUUAUUAAUUGAGUUAUUUUAUGUUGUGUUUAUGGUUAUAUAGCUAACAUUUUAGACCUAGUAAUAAGUAGUUAAACAUAGAAACUAAGUAACUAGAUGCAGCCUUUAUUUCUGACAAAAACGUUUAAUUUAUGGAAUAAUUAAAUUCUGAAACUUUAAGUGAAAUAUAUUCUUAGUUCCUAGCAUCACGUUUCUACAAAGGCAUGUUGUUACAUUUAUUCCCUGUCGCCUAUCAUAUUCUAUGGUUUUGCGUAUAAAGAGCAUCUUCCUUUGUUAUCCAAGUACCUUAAUUGGUUUGGAAACUGGCACUGGAAGGUUAGAGUAGCCAGUUGAUAUGUAAACCGAGUGUCGGUAAAAUCAGGUGAGAUCAGUGGAAUUUUAAAGCAAGUGCGACCUGAUUAGCCAUGAUCAAGGCAAAAACAGGGUAACUGAACCAGAGUCAGGGUGUUGGCAUGUUGCCAGUAAGUGAGACAAUGUAUAAUAAUGAUGGAAUCGAAAAUAGAGCAUAGAAGAAUCAGGUAAAUAAGCAUAUUUUAUCCAGUUACAUAAAUAACUUGAAACAUUAAAAAUAAGUCAUUUUUCUAGAGGAUUUUUAAAAAAUAAAAAUUACUGUUAAUCAUAUGUAAAAUAAGUUAUCCAUUCACUGUUGUUCUUACGUGGCCCUCUGUAUUUGUCAAAUGACCUAAAUUUUAGUAGCCUCAGUGUUACUGAUGGCUCGUAGCAUGGCUCUAGCAGGACUCUUUAAGUUUUAUAGCUUUCUGGCUUUUUAAAAACUAUUUCUUCACUGAUUUUGAUCUACAUUCUUUUUGAUAGUUCAGAAGUUUAUUGUUAAAAACAUCAACACAACACAUUUUUUAUGGAAUGAAAGGGCUCUUCCACACUUUGUGCUAAUAAAAUUCAAAACAAUUAAUUCUGUGCAUAUGUUUGGGAAAAAUGAAAAACUCACAUGCUGUUUGGCCCACAAAU